AGUGCGCUGCUGUCCGUGCGAAGGCAGAGCGAGUGCACAGACAGGAGCAGAGGAGAGCAGCGGCACCUGCUGCGGGACAUGUUGUGUUUGUUGGUAUAAAUUAAAAACUGCUUCUCCACCUGCACUGAUAUGACAAAUGCGCACCCAGUUUUUGGGUGCGACAAACCUCUUGCGCGUGUGUAUGGCAGGUUUGGGCAUUUAUCCAGGCUGAGUGGAGGCGUGGAUGACUUGACUCAUGAUCAUUGAUUACCAUCACUCCUGCUGAUGUGUUUUGGACGUUUUCUUCCUGGUUGGUCUGUCCAGGGCUGAUGUUCUGGGGACACAAACUGCGGAUGUGCCAGUGAUUUAUUUGCUGAUGUGGUGAGCGGCUGAAGUUGAAGUCUUGCUCCUGAAGGUGUGAGCUCCAAAUGCAUUCGCUCCUGGGCCGGGAUAAGAAAGAAGAAGAAGCCGGGUUCGGGAUCGAUCUGGGUCUGUCUCCGGGCUUUCUGCCCCACGCUGCCACCAUGUUCAGCUGUGUGGGCUGUUUCUGGGUGCUCCUCUCCUCCGCUCUGGUCGCCGUGUGCAGUUUCAGCUUCAUAUCCCCUGCCUGGAUUGUUAAGGACCAGCUGAGGAACAACCACCACCUCCACCACCACAACAACAAGGACUCUGUGAGCUUCGGCUUGCUGUGGCACUGCUCAGAGUCUCUGGAUCACAUGUACCGAUGCUACACCUUCGGGGGACUGGGCAAAUUCGCAGAGAUCCCCUCCAGCUCCUGGCAGACCAGUGCGGUGCUGUGUUCGGGAGGCUGCGCCCUGCUGGCCCUCAGCUCCCUGUUGGCCAUCAUCACCAUGUUCCUGCCCAGCGGAGGGUGUGAGCGGAGGAUCUGCACCCUGGCCGGAUACAUGCAGAUGGCUUCAGUGUUCAUCAUGGGGGCCGGUCUGCUGGUGUACCCGUUCGGCCUGAACUCCUCUCUGGUGAGGUCCUUCUGCGGGGACUCUGACAUCUACUACGCCGGGGAGUGUGGGAUCGGCUGGGGCUACAUGCUGGCCAUCGUGGGAGUCAUGCUCACCGUCUUCUUGCCCUUUUUUGCCAAAUACGCACCGAAGGAGCACCUGUCCCCCACCCCGCUGCCCACGCUGUUAUAGUGCAUUGUCUGGUUUGAAUUCCCUCUCUCUAAUGUCACGGGGAGACACCUGCGUCCCGUUGUUGGAGGCGAUGCUGUUCGAACACUGUCUUACUGCAUCUGCUCUGUGACAUUUACAUGGAAUGUUUUACAUUACAAUAUUACUGUGUGGGUUAUCACUUUCAUCAGGACCUCACAGGAUUUGAGAAAAAGACUACAAACAUGACAGGACUUGCUAAAAUUGUGUUUUUUUCCCUUGGUUUCCUUUGUGAUGUCAACAUGUGUAACAUUCCAAAACAGACUGGAGGCUGGCCGCUUAAAGAGAGUGGACGCAUGAGAUGUUGUGGCAGUGUGACUCGAAUGUGUCAAUAAGAGGUUUUAAAGAAUUUUGGACUAAUAAAAUGAAUGGAGUUGCAUCCAGUGACGAUGUAUUGUGCUCAAGCGUUUGGACUGUAAAUAUUGUCUGGAUUUAAGACAACUGAUGGAAGAAAAGAGAAAUCUGACGCUGUGAAGGAUGUUGGCGCUGCAGACUAUUUGUGCCUGAAAUCUUCAGGUCAGGCUCCUCCAACUGUUCACUCCCCUAUUGAAACCGGGGAGUGAACCAGCCGGAGUGAAAAGACGUAUUCAAAGACUUUUGACACAGCAUCGGACCUGCCGAAAGGACAAAUGGAUAUCUCUAAAAAUGUUAUGUUGGAAUACUGCUUUCUUUCCUUUUCCCCCAGAAAUGUUUUUGUGUAGUGUAACUCGCUUGUUAAGAAACAGUUGUUUGUCUGUCUACAACACACAAUACUAAACACUCUAAUUCAGGAAGAAAAUGAUUGCAAAAGGCAGGGAGAUGUAGGAUUUUUGUCAAAAUAAAUGCAUGAUAAGACAGGCUUUGUUAAUGGUAGAACAAUUGAUCUAGAUUUUAAAUGUGAUCUGACCAACUUGUGCCUUUUAACAUAACCAAGACAAGUGUUUAAUACAAUGAUCAGGUUAUCAUCUUUUUCUGCUGAAAGACUGUGGAUCCUGUUGUGUGGUGUGUUUCUUUUCCAAUGAUAUGUUUCCCUCUCAGAGGUUAAGUCUUUACUUGAUGCAGUAUGAUCUCAUUAACUGGAGAAAAUGUUCUGGAGGAUCAAAAAAAAAGAUGAUGUCCUUGGCGGUAUAACGGCAGAGAAAAAAAGGAAAGCAGUGUACUUGUCUUUAAUUUUGAGACAUUUCCCCCAAUUAUCUAUAAGAGGAAAGUCACUUGAAUUGCUAUAAUAAAGGUUGUGACACACAGCUACAGACUAAUUCCUGGCAUCCUCUCUUACAUGAUUUCAUCAUUGAGUGGCAGAGGAGGGGCGCUGUAAGAAUUGAACUUUUGGUUAUCUGUGCUGAGCUGACACAUUAUUCACAUGUGUAAAACAUAGCUUAUAGUAAUUAGCUCCUCAAGUAAGCUAAUGUAUUUUUUUGUUGCCAAUCCACUUCUCCUUUCAAGCGCUGGCACACUUCCUGUCAUAUUCCAAGGACAAAAUGUCUCCUUCUCCACUUCCUCUCCCUGUACACUGCCAAGUUCAUCAAGCUAGACGGCUUUUUCUAGAUGGUGUUAGUGUGUAUUAGUGUUGAAUUAUGGUUUGGAUUAUGCUAAUGAGUUCAUAUUUGAAUAUUUCCCAUAAUGUCCUCGCCCUGACAUGAAGACAGUGACUGUGAUUAUGUUGCCAUAUUUGCCAGAAGGUCAGAGAUGUUGGUAUUGUGUUGACCUCAUACUGUGCUGAAGGACCCCUCUCUGCUGAUCCAUUGUGUGUAAAGUCUCAGCACUGGUGAAACUGUUUUGGUAGAGUAGUGUUAUUGUUUUUCUCCAUUGUGGUAACUGUAAAUAAACUAACUGUACUUGAUAUCACAUUAUUCCUAACUGCCCCGUAUUUCAAAGAUAUAUUUUGAGAUAUUACCUCUUCGUGUUUGCUUUAACUGCAUUAACCUCCAGACGAUGUUUGCUGUUCUGUGACUUUUCUUUUUAAUAAAAAAAAUAUUUCAGAACUUA